UCGGUUGCACUACCACUAAUUGGACAGUAAUUAGACAUCCUUUUCUAUUUUGGAUGGUGGACGCUACAUGCACUACCGGUACUUGGCCAGAGGGAGGCAGAAAUCUGCUUCUGCAACAAACCUAGGUGCCUCCGAAAAAGAAGAAAAAGAAGAUGGCGGCCCCCAUGAGUAACGUGGAGGAAAUUCGCAGUCGGGUUAUUUUGGGAGAAUUUGGAGUAAAAAAUGUUCAUACAACAGAUUUUCCUGGAAACUACCCAGGCUUUGAUGACACUUGGGACAUGAAACGAUUUCAAAAGAACUUCCGGAUUGAUGUAGUGCAUCUAGAUGAGAACAGCAUGGAGUUUGACAUGGUGGGGAUCGAUGCUGCCAUUGCCAACGCCUUCAGGAGAAUCUUAUUAGCAGAGGUGCCCACCAUGGCUAUAGAGAAAGUGUUCAUCUAUAACAACACAUCUAUCGUCCAGGAUGAGGUUCUAGCCCACAGGUUGGGCCUCAUCCCCAUCAAAGCAGACCCUCGUCUGUUUGAGUUCAAGAAUACAGGUGAAGAGACUGCCGAAGAAGAAGCUUCAGAGAUCAACACAAUUCAACUUCAGCUGAAGAUUAAAUGCAGCAGGAACCCCCGAGCUAGCAAAGAUUCCUCUGACCCGCGGGAACUCUAUCUCAACCACAUGGUUUAUUCCAAAGAUAUAGAAUGGGUCCCCAUUGGAAACCAGGCGGAUGUGUUUGCAGACUCCCGUAUCGGACCUGUGCACGACGACAUCCUGAUAGCUCAGCUGCGACCGGGACAGGAGCUGGACAUCGUCAUGCACUGCGUAAAAGGAGUCGGAAAGGACCAUGCCAAGUUCUCUCCUGUGGCAACAGCCAGCUACCGCCUCCUCCCAGAGAUCACCCUGCUGGAGCCGGUGGAGGGCGAGAAGGCGGAGCGCCUGAAGCGUUGCUUCUCAGGGGGGGUGAUCGACCUGGAGGACGUUCGGGGAAAGAAGGUGGCCAAGGUGGUGAACAGCCGCCUGGAUACGUGCAGCAGGGAGGUUCUCCGGCACAGCGACCUGAAGAACUCCGUAAAGCUGGGGAGAGUUCGGGACCAUUUCAUCUUUACUGUGGAGUCGACGGGCAUCCUGCCUCCUGACGUUUUAGUCACAGAGGCCAUCAAAGUCCUGAUGGGGAAAUGUCAGAGUUUCCUCAACGAGAUGAACACUGUGGAUAUGGAGUAAACUAACUAUGUUCCUGCUGUGCUCCGAUUCUUCUGACGGCAUCGGGUUCUGCUCUGGAAGCCGAGCUUCUGGGCCGAUGCAGUUCCGGUGGCUACAGAUGACCUCUUUUAUUUUGUACACCUUAUUUUUGUCCUUCUGUAAUGUGUUUUCCGCUUGGAGUUCUUGAUGGAGAAGCAUUGUUCUCCUCCCACAUCUGAGUUUAGGAUCAGAUGUUUGUUGAUGAAAUAAACAAAAGAAAAAGAUGCAAUCGUCGGUAUUUGUUCUACUGGAACCUCUGCAACAAACUGGGUCAGAUUCCUUCACGUAGACGAGUGCAUAGUUUUAUAAAAUGAUUAGUUCUUUCUGAGCUCCUCAUAAUCCUGGAAACUCUCCCACCCCCGCUGAAUGCGGUCGGGCCAGAUCCUAAAGAGCCUCCAGCAGACUAUCUUUGUUCUGCCAUGACCUGGAAUUCUGUUCCCUUCAGAAAUGUUUUAUUCUGCUCAUUUUCUGGUUUUUAGGUCUGCAGCCUUCAGUAAAGCUGUUGUUUCCGGGCUUAAGGUCCCAAAACCAGAUCCCAGGUGGGCACGGAAUCAUGUUUAGAACAAUUCCAGACCCACCUUAGAUCCAUCAUGACUGUAAAGAUUUCCAUGAUGAUUUAGUAACAUGUCAUCAGCUUGUUCUGGUCCACCGGACUUUCCUGGGCUUCUAUUGGACCUCAUCAGAACCAUAAAGAGUUCAUAGGCAAACCACAGAAACUGGAAACAUCCUGCUUUGAUGAAUCUCAUGUGAAUGUUGGGUUUAACCCUUCCUGUAGUCAUCAUGGUCAAAAUUACAAGAAAUAAAAGUUGAAAUUCUU